UGUCAAGUUUUUAAACAAAUUUCUAAAGUGUGAAUGUCAGCUAAUGAAAGUGUAAAACUACUGGGGGAUUUGCAAAAUUAGAGAGGUGGGGGUUGCAAUCUCUUGUAGGCUUUUCCUCUAGGAAUCCCAACAGGCACUCAUAGGGAAGAUGGGGGUGAAUCCUGAGAAGCCUUUCCUUGUGGUGCUAGCUGGGGGAGAGCAACAGCAGCCCAAACCCAUCUUCCCUAUCACCGCAUAAUGAAGAGCAGCAAAAACAGUUGCCUUAGAAGACUUGUAGAAAGCUACUGCAGUAUAGGAAAGGGACCUGAAAAAAAGUGCUAUCUCUGAGAGUAGGGGAGAAAUGUGCUCUAUGCCUAGCACUACAGCUGGCAGAGUGGCAACAGCGCUUGUGAAAGCCACAUCCCCAAGACUUAGGGAUAUGGUGUCUGCCUAAGACUGAGACUUAGUGAGAUCAUAAGAGAAUGCUUUCCCUCCAUCUACUCAACCCCGACCAAGAUAACAAGAAUCAAAUAGAAGCAAUAGUAGAGUACAGCUAGGAAGCCUGCAAGAGAGAUUCUCUCUGAGGAGCAGCACAAAUGGAACGCCCAAAACUAAGGGAGAAAAUUGCAUUGAGAAAACAACCAUGGGAAAUCAACCCUUACCUUAAACACAGAUAUUAUUAGAGGAUAUUAUUGAAGCCUGUGGUACACUCAGUGUAACCAUAGCAAUGACAAACCUCAAACUCUGUCCAUCUAUUGAAUAGAUCAGCAUAACCCCCCACAUUAAAAACCUAGCAGAAGGGAAGGCAUACUCAUGUUUAAGCAUAAAAACUUCUUAAUCGUCGUAUCUACUGUACUACCCAAGACGUACAGCCUUCACCGAAGAUUAUGAGGCAUGUAGAAAGGCAAGAAGAAAAAGAAAAAACACACUUCAAAGAGACAAAGCAAUAAUCAUAACUGACUUAGUUAUGACAUAGAUAUUGCAACAACCCAAUAGGAAUUUAAGAUAACUAUGACUAAUAUGAAAUGGACCUGAUGGGUAAUUGCAGCAGAGAUGGAAGAAAAGUAUUUAAAUAAAUGAUGGCUGAGAAUUUUCUGAGUUAGUGGCAGCAAACCAUAUGUCCAAGAAGCUCAGAGAUAAAUACCAAAACAAAAAUUUAAAACACAUCUAAACAUAUUAUAUUUAAACUGCUGGAAACUAAAAAUAAGAGGAAAAUCUUGAAGAUAACAAGAAAAAAAUUGUCUAUUGAGGAACAAGAAUAAGAAUUACGUAUGGCAGAUCUAUUAUCAGAGACCAUGCAAGCAAGAAGACAAGGGAGAAUCAUUUUUAAAGUACAGGAAAAAAAGCUGUCAAUCAGGAUUUCACACCAAGCAAAAAUAUCCCUUCAAAAUGAAGGGGGGUGGUGGUGACAUCAUCAAGAUGGUGGUGUAGGAAGACUUGGACCCUUUCUCACCUUCCCAAAAUACUAAUUCAGCAACAAUUCACAGACAAAUUCUGUUUGUGAGAAAUCAGAAACUAAUCGUAAAGGGUGUUGUAUCCUGGAAGAACAUGAAACAAGACUAGGGAAGCUAGUACGAAGAUUCAGGAUACCCUGUUGCUAGAGAUACUGCCCCUGGUACAGUACCAUACAUUCAGGAAGAGAUGCCCUUACUCAUCCAGGGGAGAGAAGGAGUUGGUUUGUGCAACCAGUACUCCAUCUUUUCUUUGUGAGCUCCCCAGCGAAUUGGCUGAAAAAUUCACUAGAAGGAUUCAACAUCAGACUAAAUAAAGCAGAAGAAAGGAUUAGCAAACUGGAAGACAAGCCAUUAGAAAUAAUUCAGUGAGGGGAGCGAUAAUAAAAAAUAAUGAAAAAGAGUGAAGAAGGCUUAAGUUGGUUGUAGAAUACCAUCAAGCAGACUAAUGUAUACAUUAUGGGAAUCUCAGAAGAAAAUAGAAAAAAAGGACUGGAAAGCUUGUUUUAAAAAUAAUGGCUGAAAACUCCCCAAAGCUGGGAAAGGAAAUAAACAUCCAGAUUCAGGAAGCACAAAGGACACAAAAUAAAAUGAAACAAACCCAUACCAGGAUGCAUUAUAGCAAAUUGUCAAAAGUCAAAGACAGAAUUUUGAAAGCAGCAAGAGAAAAGCAGCUUAUCACAUACAAGGGAACAUCCAUAGGACUAUUAAGGGAUAUUUUUCAGCAGAAACUUUGCAGGCCAGAACAGAGUAGAAUGAUAUAUUCAAAGAGGUGAAAGAUCAAACAGACAAAACAAAACAAACAACAAUAGCAAAAAAUCCCCGCCAACCAGGAAUACUAUACUUGGCAAAACUAUCCUUUAAAAAUGAUGAUGAGAGAAAGACUUUCCCAAACCAAAGAUGAGGAAAUUCAUCACCACUAGACCUCCCUUAUAAAGAAUGCCAAAGGAAGUUUUCAAAUAGAAAUGAAAAAAACACCAAACAGCAAAAAGACAGUAUGGAAAAGUUUGAAGCUCAUUGGUAAAGCUGGACUUCUGCAGGCCCCAUCCCUUCCCAGAAAGAAGAGGAAAUGACUGAGUCCCAGGGAACAGUGACAUUCAAAGAUGUGGCUAUUGACUUCACCCAGGAGGAGUGGAAGAGAUUGGAUCCUGCUCAGAGAAACCUGUACCGGAAUGUGAUGCUAGAAAACUAUAACAACUUAAUCACAGUGGGCUAUCCAUUCACCAAACCUGAUGUGAUUUUCAAAUUGGAGCAAGAAGAAGAACCAUGGGUGAUGGAGGAAGAAGUAUUAAGGAGACACUGGCAAGGAGAAAUAUGGGGAGUUGAUGAGCAUCAGAAAAACCAGGACAGACUUUUGAGACAAGUUGAAGUUAAAUUCCAGAAAACACUGACUGAAGAAAAAGGCAAUGAAUGUCAAAAGAAAUUUGCAAACGUAUUUCCUCUGAACUCUGAUUUUUUCCCUUCGAGACAAAAUCUCUAUGGGUAUGACUUAUUUGGAAAGUGUUUAGAACAUAAUUUUGACUGUCAUAAUAAUGCAAAAUGCCUUAUAAGACAGGAACAUUGUGAAUAUAAUGAACAUGUGAAAUCAUAUGCUAAUAGCUCAUCCCAUUUUGUCAUUACCCCCUUUAAGUGUAAUCAUUGUGGAAAAGGCUUCAAUCAAACUUUGGACCUCAUCAGACAUCUGAGAAUUCAUACUGGAGAGAAGCCCUAUGAAUGUAGUAACUGUAGAAAAGCCUUCAGUCACAAGGAAAAACUUAUUAAACAUUAUAAAAUUCACAGUAGGGAGCAGUCUUACAAAUGUAAUGAAUGUGGCAAAGCUUUCAUUAAAAUGUCAAAUCUCAUUAGACAUCAAAGAAUUCAUACUGGAGAGAAGCCCUAUGCAUGUAAGGAAUGUGAGAAGUCCUUCAGCCAGAAAUCAAAUCUUAUUGAUCAUGAAAAAAUUCAUACUGGAGAGAAACCUUAUGAAUGUAAUGAGUGUGGAAAAGCAUUCAGCCAGAAGCAAAGCCUCAUUGCACAUCAGAAAGUUCAUACUGGGGAGAAACCUUAUGCAUGUAAUGAAUGUGGUAAAGCUUUCCCUCGAAUUGCAUCUCUUGCUCUUCAUAUGAGAAGUCAUACAGGAGAAAAACCUUAUAAAUGUGAUAAAUGUGGUAAAGCCUUCUCUCAGUUUUCCAUGCUUAUUAUACAUGUUAGAAUUCAUACAGGUGAAAAACCCUAUGAAUGUAAUGAGUGUGGAAAAGCCUUCUCUCAAAGCUCAGCCCUUACUGUACAUAUGAGAAGUCACACUGGUGAGAAACCCUAUGAAUGUAAGGAAUGCAGAAAAGCCUUCAGCCACAAGAAAAACUUCAUUACACACCAGAAAAUCCAUACUAGAGAGAAACCUUAUGAGUGUAAUGAAUGUGGGAAAGCUUUUAUACAGAUGUCAAAUCUUGUUAGACACCAGAGAAUUCAUACUGGGGAAAAACCCUAUAUAUGUAAGGAAUGUGGGAAAGCCUUUAGCCAGAAAUCCAAUCUCAUUGCUCAUGAAAAAAUUCAUUCUGGAGAGAAACCCUAUGAAUGCAAUGAAUGUGGUAAAGCCUUCAGCCAAAAGCAAAACUUUAUUACACAUCAAAAAGUUCAUACUGGAGAGAAACCUUACGAUUGUAAUGAAUGUGGUAAAGCCUUCUCUCAAAUUGCAUCCCUUACCCUUCAUUUGAGAAGUCAUACAGGGGAAAAGCCUUAUGAAUGUGACAAAUGUGGUAAAGCCUUCUCUCAGUGCUCACUGCUUAAUUUACAUAUGAGAAGUCACACAGGUGAGAAGCCCUAUGUAUGUAAUGAAUGUGGGAAAGCCUUCUCUCAAAGAACUUCCCUUAUUGUGCACAUGAGAGGUCAUACAGGUGAAAAACCCUAUGAAUGUAAUAAAUGUGGAAAAGCCUUCUCCCAAAGCUCAUCCCUUACUAUACAUAUACGAGGACAUACCGGUGAGAAACCCUUCGACUGCAGUAAAUGUGGAAAAGCCUUCUCUCAAAUCUCAUCUCUUACCCUUCAUAUGAGAAAACAUACAGGUGAGAAGCCCUAUCACUGUAUUGAGUGUGGCAAGGCUUUCAGCCAAAAGUCACACCUUGUUAGACACCAGAGAAUUCAUACUCAUUAGAAACCCUGUGAAUAUUGUGAAUAUGGCAAAGCCUUCUGAAGGAAUUAACACCUCAUUGCACGUUACAUGAUCACUUCCAGAGUAGAAAACUACGAAUGUGGGAUAGCCUUCUGAAAAAGCCACAAAUUUAUGAAACAUUACAGAAGUCUUCCAAGGUGACAAAUUAUAUAAUGAAAAAGCUGAUUAUCAGAAACUUUCAGCAGACAUCUUACUGAUAAUAUUUAAUCAGAAAUCUCAUUGAAAUCUGAAACAAGGUAUCUGCCAUCAGAUAACAACACAAUACUUGAGCUCCUAGCCAAUGUAUUAAGUAAGAAAAACAAGAUUGGGAAAACCAAGUAUCAAUGAAGAACUAUAAAAAUAACUUAUACAAAAAAUAGUUAAUUAGAAAACGUGUUGAUAGAAAAAUCUAAGAAUAAACACAACAAUGAAUUGAGGUCUUCAUCAAGUUAUAAAACAUGUUGAAAGGCACAAAAGAACACCUGAAAAAUGAUAUUUUGUCUGAAAAGACUUGACAUUGUAAAAAUAUAAUUUCUCUCCCAAAUUGCUAAGUUUAAUAUACUUCCACUUGAAGUUUACAUCAGUUUUAUUUUAAGGAACUUCACAAACUUAUCCAAAAAUUUUAUGUGGAAAAGUAAAGAAACACAAAUAGCUCAAACAAACUUGACAAAGCAAAUAGAGAAGACACACUCUAUUAUUAGAUAUAUACUUAUUUAAAGCUGUUGUCAUUUAAACAAUGUAUUACUGAGUGAAUAAAUCAAGAUAGUGAGCAUCAAUACAAAAAUCCAAGAAGAUACAGGAAUUCUGUGUAUGACAGUGCUAUUGAAAUCAUUGGGGAAUGAAUGGCUUAUUUAAUAAAUGGAAGGUUCACAGGAGAAAAAUUUUAGCUUUCUACUUUAUAUCAUACACAAAAAUAAAAUCCAACUAAAGACCAGAAUAUGAAAAGCAUAAUUCUAAAACUAUGAUGAAAGUAGAAUCUAUUACUUUAGGGUAACAAGAUUUCUUUAAAAAUACAUAAACAUGGAAUAGUCCACUGAAUUUUGGUGUGUUGGCUCACAGGCACCCACAAAUGUACACAAAGAGAUAUCACUGUGUUCCUGAAUCAUGGUUUGUAUUGCCCAAAAUUGGAUAUAACCAAUUUUUAUCAAUUGUGGAAUAGAUGAAUAAGUGUGAUCAUUUCUGUGACAAAAUACAGAAUUUAGAGAGAAACAAAACCUACUUAUAGUUAUACGGAUAGAUUACAAUAUAUAAUAUUGAGAGAAAAAAAUUAAAAUACACAACGGAACACAGUAUAACAUUUGUAUAAUUUAAUAAGAUCUUGCAAAGAACUUAUUAAAUUAUACAGUACUAUGUAUUGGUCAUGGAUCCAUAUACGACUUGGUUGCCUUUUGUGAUGUGGGAAAGGUUUGGUGGGAGUUGUUAUAUUUAUCUGUAAUAUUUCUUUAAUAAAAGAGUGAAAGCAA